CCUCACCCACCGCAUCCACCUCACAGCUACGUGAAGCAACGUACCAUGGAGGAACCCAGCGCACCUUCAGUUCCACGAAGGUCAUUCCUUGAUGAUGACCACGAGGGGGCCCAGGAUCCCUUCAACGCUACGGCUCGGUCCUCUUGGAGCCGACAAUGCUCCGGCUCGGAGGUGUCCAGCUCAUCACAAAUGUCCUCGACGCAUCGGGCUUUCCUGGGAAUUACCAGCUUCGAGUUCAAAUCCAAUUCCACAGAUGGGGCAUCGAAGGCCAGAAAAUUGCGCAUCCCUGGUCGAAAGCCUGAAGGCUUGAUGCUGCCACAAGUACCCAUGCAGGCCGGCCAUUCGCCCGCUUCUGAGCAACCGCUCAGUUGUCGUGACUCUGGAGACCAUGAUGAAAGAUCAGAAAGCGACGCCAUGGCGUCCUCCAGCGAUGACCAGGAUGCAAAGCCGUUGCCACGGGUUGCGGUGAAACCGCCAGCGCAGGACAGAAGCCACUUCUUUCAAAUGGAGAUGGCGUUCCAAGACCGGAGGAUUUCCGUCUCCGACCUGAAGCCACCAGAGUCUUGGCCGAGUCGCAUGAAAAAUGCCCUCACUGGACGUCGGCUGUCCCACCUGGUGGCACGUCCUGAGCCGGACGUUCACCAGCGGCGUCGCUCCUCGGUCUCCUGAGGUACUACAAGGUUAGUUUAUAGCACUAAUAUUGUUACCCUCUGG